GAGCCCCCAGCUUGCGAUGUGAAAUCUCGCGAAGUCGCGAUACUCGCGCGAGACUUUUUUUUACCGAGAACUGAGAGCAAGAUCAGGCACAGGAAGCGAGGUGGUGCAACAUACGAGACCCGAAAAGUUUUUAAUUAUGGUGCUGCUGCAUGUUCUGUUCGAGCAUGCUGCAGGCUACGCGCUCCUCGCCGUCAAGGAGGUGGAGGAGAUCGGCAUGCUGCUGCCACAGGUGGAGGAGAGCAUCCUGAACAUUGGGAAGUUCCACACGGUGGUGAAGCUCGCUGCCUUUUUCCCUUUCAAGUCAGCGCAGACUGCACUGGAGAACAUCAAUGCCAUCUCUGAGGGAGUUGUGCACGCAGACCUGAAGCUCUUCCUGGAGACCAACCUGCCCCCUGCUGGGAAGAAGAAGAAGACGCUGCUGGGGGUGGGUGACGCGAAGAUCGGGGCGGCGCUGCAGGAGGAGCUUGGGUUCUCCUGUCAGACCGGGGGCGUGGUCGCUGAACUACUCAGAGGCGUGCGUCUGCACUUCCACAAUCUUGUGAAGGGGCUGACGGCCCAGGCAGCCUCCAAGGCCCAGCUGGGCCUGGGCCACAGUUACUCCAGGGCAAAGGUCAAGUUCAACGUCAACCGGGCCGACAACAUGAUCAUCCAGUCCAUCGCUCUACUGGACCAGCUGGACAAGGACAUCAACACCUUCUCCAUGAGAGUGCGUGAGUGGUAUGGGUACCACUUCCCGGAGCUGGUGAAGAUCGUGAGCGAUAACUCCAUGUACUGCCGCCUGGCGCGGCUCAUCGGGAACAGGAAGGAGCUGUCGGAGGAGAGCCUGGAGGCGCUGGAGGCGGUGGUGAUGGACAGCGCCAAGGCCCAGUCCAUCCUGGAAGCCUCCCGCAGCUCCAUGGGUAUGGACAUCUCCCCCAUCGACCUGAUAAACAUCGAGAGCUUCUCCAGCCGGGUCAUCUCGCUGAACGAGUACCGGCGGGAGCUGCAGGAGUACCUGCGCUCCAAGAUGGGCCAGGUGGCCCCCAACCUGGCUGCCCUCAUAGGGGAAGUGGUCGGGGCACGCCUCAUCUCUCACGCCGGCAGCCUAACCAACCUGGCCAAGUACCCGGCCUCCACCGUGCAGAUCCUGGGCGCGGAGAAGGCCCUGUUCAGGGCUCUGAAGACUCGGGGAAACACGCCCAAAUACGGGCUGAUCUUCCACUCCACCUUCAUCGGCCGCGCAGCCGCCAAGAACAAAGGCCGGAUCUCCCGCUACCUGGCCAACAAGUGCUCCAUCGCCUCGCGCAUCGACUGCUUCUCAGAGGUCCCCACCAGUGUUUUUGGGGACAAGCUGCGGGACCAGGUGGAGGAGCGCCUGUCCUUUUAUGAGACGGGCCAGGCACCGCGCAAGAACCUGGAUGUCAUGAAGGAGGCGGUGGGCCAGGCGGCAGAAGUGGCAGCGGAGAUCAAGCGAAAGCUGGAGAAGAAAGAGAAGAAGAAGAAGAAAAAGGAGAGGAAGAGGCUGGAGGCCCUGUCCACGGCCGAGGGAGAGGAGGAGAGCGAGGCGAAGCAGGCGGAGCUGAACGGAGAGGAGAACGAGGACACAGAACCUCCCGCGAAGAAGAAGAAGAAGAAGAAGCAGGAGGCUGAGGAGGAGGCAGAGAGCAUAGACCAGGUGAGCAGCGCGACAAACGCGGACUCUAGGGGGCGCUCUCGAGAGCCGGGUCCAGUCCAUCGCCGGACCUCAGGAUGGAGAUGAGGGUGGCAGCUCUGU